AUGAAGAUCGCUGUUCUCGCUACACUCCUUGCUGGUGCCUCCGCCUUCGCCCCAGCUUCCUUCAAUGGACGCUCGGCUACUGUAAUCCGGGAUGAAGCUGCUGCUGAAGCUGAAGAGGCUGCUGAAGAGGAACCAGCUGGGCUCACUUACGUUGCCACUACCGCGCUUCCAUUCCUUGAAUACCCACCAAACCUUGCUGGAUACGUUGGUGAUGUUGGCUUCCUCCAAGGUCGGUCUUUUCCACUACCUUGGAACUGA